AUGAAGGCUGUCCUUCUUGUGGGGCUGGUCCUCCUGUCUGGAACCAUCCAGGGCAAGGCCUUCCAAAGGUGUGAGCUGGCCAAAGCUCUGAAAACAAGUGAAAUGGACGGCUACUGUGGAAUCAGUGUAAAGUAUUUGGAAGUUGAUUUGUUGCAGGAUGACAUCAUUGAGGCUGUGGUUUGUGCCAAAGUGGUUGUGUGGGAUCCCCAAGGCAUCAGAGCGUGGUAG